UAGCACUGGUCUGUGCAGAUAGUGUUUGACGAUUCAAAUCCAGGUUUUGAACCAUGGCAGACAAACCAGUGUGGGAGCAAAUUGGGGCAGGAUUUGUUCAGCUGUACUAUCAGCAAUUUGAUACGGAUCGCACUAAACUGGGUGAUCUUUACACUGAUGCCUCUUGUUUGACAUGGGAGGGAGCUGGCUAUCAGGGAAAAGAGGCAAUCAUGGGAAAAUUAAGUAGCCUGCCCUUCCAGAGCAUUCAGCACAUCAUCACCGCACAGGACCACCAGCCCACACCAGACAACUGUGUCAUGAGCAUGGUCAUGGGGCAGCUAAAGGCUGAUCAGGACCAAGUCAUGGGCUUUCAGCAGGUGUUCCUGCUAAAGAAUAUCGACAAUAAAUGGAUCUGUGCCAAUGACAUGUUCAGAUUAGCAUUGCACAACUUUGGGGCAUAG